UAUAAACACUGCGCGAGCUGGCCGGUGCGCUGUCAUACUGAGCGCAAGGCGAGGUGUUCCGGAAGGGAGCGAGAGCGAAACUGACGUGGAUGGAAGAGGAAGAUACUGAUACUGAGAGAGAAAAGAAAGAAAGAGAUUUCAGGAAUAUUACUUUCAAGGACGAGAGAGCGACGUGAAGAAAGACAUAUAUAUGGUAAAAUAACAUCCUGCUUUGACUGAAAACAAGAAAACCAAAUUGAGAGCGGGACUGAACUCGGGGACCUAAAGCGGGUCAUUGGAGAAAUUUGAAAAACGGAAUUCAUUCUGUGGUGUUUUUACAGCUUUAACCGUUUUAAUUCCUCUCGAAUCCGGAGAAGUACAUUUCAUCCAGCGCUCGCCCCAGAGUUGUUGUCCUCGCGCCUCCAUGUAUAAAAUGGAUUACUCCUACCUGAACUCAUAUGACUCGUGCAUGGCGGCCAUGGAGGCAUCGGCCUACGCGGACUUCAGCUCGUGCAGUCAGGCCAGCUCGUUCCAGUACAACCCGAUCCGGACCGGGUUCGGUGCCAACCCGGGAUGCGCACCUCUGAGCACCGCUAGCUGCACACUGGGGUCCCUUCGGGAGCACCAGCCCACACCCUACUCCACAGUUCCAUAUAAAUUCUUCUCCGACCCAUCCGGUUUAAACGAGAAGCGGAAACAGCGGCGCAUAAGGACCACCUUCACGAGCUCACAGCUGAAGGAGCUGGAGCGCGUGUUCGCGGAGACCCACUAUCCCGACAUCUACACGCGCGAGGAGCUUGCGCUCAAGAUCGACCUUACAGAGGCGCGGGUGCAGGUGUGGUUCCAGAACCGGAGGGCUAAGUUCCGUAAGGUGGAGCGUGCAGCCAACUCUAAAUCUGGUAAUGGGACUGGGGGCCCAGGAGGGAACAAUGGCAAUGCUGGGGGGAAAAAGGGUGAGCCCAGAUCUUCCUCAGAUGAUGACGAAUCAAAAGAGUCCAUCUGCAGUCCCACCCCUGACAGCACCGCCUCGCUGCCUGGCUCAGCCAAUGGGAACAUGGGUAGCCCUGCCAGCCUCAGCCCCAGCCCCGCCCCUGCUAAUGGUGGCUACACCAACACCUCCAGCUCCCCCGUUCUACAGGGGCUCAAAUCCCCUGGCUGGCCCAGCCUAGGCCCCGCCCACCCAGGAAUGGCCCAACCCGCAGCCCAGGCUCCAGAGCUGCUGAAGGCGUGGCAGCCGGCAGACAGUAUGACAGGGCCUUUCGCUGGCGUGCUCUCCUCCUUCCACCGGAAACCCAAUGCUCUCAAGACUAACCUGUACUAGAGACAAGGAGCAGAGAUCUCUAGUAUAACUACUGUAUAUCUAUACAGACUAACCUGUACUAGAGACAAGGAGCAGAGAUCUCUAGUAUAACUACUGUAUAUCUAUACAGACUAACCUGUACUAGAGACAAGGAGCAGAGAUCUCUAGUAUAACUACUGUAUAUCUAUACUCUCCUUCCCCCUCUAUCUACUGCCCCCCGGAGUGGGACUAUCCAUUUCAUUUAUUAUUACCCGGACUCUCUAAGUGUAGUUUGUGAAUAUGUGUUUGUGUUGAAGUGUGUGUAACAUGCAUCUCAUAUGGGGUGUGUGAGUGUGUGUCAGUUGUUCUGUAUGUUCUCACUCCAACAAA